AUGUUGCGAUUUUCUCGCAGCACGAUUUGGGAUGCAACUUGCACACUGCUCGACGGUUUUAAUCGGGCGUGCGAAUUGUACUUUGCGUCAACUGCUUUCACUAUCAUCAACUAUUGGCCCCAACGAUUGUGCCUCAAUAGUAGGACCUCGUCCGUGCUGGCUCCUACCAGUUUGCGCAAAGAAGCGGCAGUGCAGCAGCCCCUGCAAGUUUUUGUGAUGAGAGCAACUUCCUCUCAGGCAGACGUUAAAGUGUCGGAUGUCAUCAGUUUUAUGUGCGAUUGCGAGGAAGAAUCGUAG